ACCGUAAACCUCUCGCAAUGGCAAAGAAAGCUCACAAAGUCAAGAAACUCCCAAAGGACCAAAGGCUGCACAUCUUGCUCUCCAAUGGCCGCUUUCCCGUCAGUUUGGAUCUGGCGAGACAGUUGCAUAGAAUGGGACAUACAGUUUUUGUUGCGGAUCCGAUGGAAUACCACGUCUGCAAAUUCUCCCGCUGCGUCCGAAAAUCAUUCUACGUCCCUGCCCCCCACUACGACGCCGCCGGUUACAUCUCCGGUAUCCGCGACGCCAUCUCCUCCGCCUCCAUCGACCUCCUCAUCCCCAUGCACGAAGAAAUCUUUUUCCUGACCCAACACCCCGAUCUGCAGAAAAUCUGUUUCGCGCCAUCUUAUGCCUCUAUCGUCAGUAUGCACAACAAAUGGGAGUUUUCGAGGGUGAUGAGGGCUUUGGGCAUCGAUACGCCAGAGACGAGAAGGGUUACGAGUAUGGAGGAUGUAAGGAGGGAGUUGGGGGAUGAUUUUGCCGGUGGGAGGGAGUGGGCGCUCAAGCCUGUGUUUGGGCGAGCCAGCUCGAAAGUCUAUCACCUGAAGCCUGGAAAACCCCUUCCGGACGACUGUGACGUCGCCGAAGACAACGUCUACAUCCUCCAAGAAUGGACACCCGGCCGCCAACUGUGCUCCUACGCCGUCGCGCGCCGCGGUCAUGUCAUGACCUCAACAGUCUACCCCGUCCUCGACACAAUCGACGGCGCCUCCUCCGUCUACUUCAAGGCGAUCGAGCAUCCACCCAUUAUGGACAUCAUUGAGAAGAUCGUUAAGGGGACCGCGUGGACAGGACAGAUUGCGUUUGAUUUUGUGGAGGGCGAGGAUGGGAGGGUUUGUGUUAUUGAGUGUAAUCCGAGGAGUACGAGUGGGAUUCAUUUGUAUAAGGGGACGCCGUAUUUGAGUUCGGCGUUUACGCUGGGUCCGGCGCCCUCAUCCCUCUCCUCCCCCUCUUCUACCAACAAACCCGCCACCACCACCACCCAGCCCCCACCCUCCGCCCGCCGCCAAGUCAUGCCCGGCAUGCUAAUGUGGUCCCACUCCUCCGCCUCCCUCCACGAUUGGCUCACCCACCUCGUCAAACUAAUGGGAACCCGCGACGUGACGUUCAGUAGACGAGACGUCCUACCAGCACUCAUGCAGCCAUUUUUGUUGACGAGUUAUUAUGAGAUUUGUCGGGAGAGGAAGUUGGAGCUCAAGACGAUGUUUCAGGAUGAUGUUGUUUGGGUGCCGGGGAGGGAGGAGUUGGAGGAGGCGGAGCGGUUGAGGGAGGGGGAGAGGCGGGAGUGGAAGUGUCCGCCUCUCCUGGAUGUGUAUUGA